UUGUUUUUGCUACUUGUUCCAUUAAAAACAUCAUUUUUUUUUUGAAGUGCAUUUUGUUAUAAUAUUUAAGUAUAACAAUAAUAAAAUCGAAAAUUAUUUAUUAUUCAAAUUUGUGCAUAUUUUGUGUUCUGUAUUUAAUAUUAUUUUGCGUUUUAAUGAAAUAAAUUAGAAGAAUUUUUCGUAUUGUUUUUUUGUUAUUAAAAUUUGAUAAUUAAAAUUCUAAUAAAAUAUGUUAGGUUUUUUAUUACCCGAAAAUUCCCGUUUUACAGUAGCACUUGCUGCAGGAAUCGGUGUUGCUACAGUAGCUGCAGCUACUGCUUAUUGGUAUCAUAGAAAAUAUUUGAAUAAUAUUCCACCCACCAAAUGGCGAAAAGUUGGAGAAGUAACAGAUUUAAUAGUUUACCCAAUAAAAUCAUGUGGAGCAAUAAGAGUUUCAGAAUUUGGUUGUUCCAAAUUGGGUCCAGCUGAUGGAUAUUUACGUGAUAGAAUUUUUAUGGUUGUAACAAAAAAUGGUGAAUUUACAACUGCACGAAAACAUCCCACUUUAGUUUUAAUACAUCCAAAAAUUGAAAAGAACAGUUCUAAAAUGAAAUUAUCAGCACCUGGAAUGAUUGAUAUUGAAAUUGAUAUCGAAAAAUUGUAUAAAAAAACACCAAAAAAAUAUAUUGUAUGGGGUCAAUCUGUUGAUGGUGUAGAUUGUGGUGAUGAUGUUGCUAAAUGGAUUUCUCGUUUUAUAUUGGGUGAAGAAUCUGGACUUUGGUUGGUAUUCUAUCCUAAGGAUAUUACAAGUAGAGAAGUUCGAGAUAAGAAUAAAAAAUUCGAUACAAUGUUAGCGGAAGAUUCAGGUGCACUUCACGAUGCUUCCAGUUAUAUGUUAUUUAAUGAAAGUUCUUUAAACGAUUUAAAUACAAGAUUAGACGAUCCAGCAAUGGUUUUACAUUUUCGACCAAAUAUAGUUGUUCGCGGUGCAUUACCAUAUGAAGAGGAUUAUUGGAAAUGGGUUAAAAUUGGAAAUAAUAUGAUAUUUAGAAAUGUUAAACCAUGUACUAGAUGUAUAUUUACAACUGUAAAUCCAGAAACGGGAGUUAAAAGUCCAGAUGGAAAUCCAUUGAAAACUUUAAGAGAUUAUCGAAGUUUAUAUACAGGUGAAAGUCCUGUCUUAGGUAUACAUUUAGGUUUAAAAUCGCCAGAGGGGAAAAUAUCAUUGGGAGAUUCUGUAUAUGUUGACUGCUAAGUCAAGUAAUUAAUAUUUUGAUACUUUUUAUAUUACUUCGAGAAAAGAAAAUAAUCAAUAUAGAAUAUGAAAAUUAUUUUUGUACAUAAAAAUCAUAAUAUAUAAAAUUAUGUAAGAUAUUUAUACAUAAAUUAUUAUUAAUAAAAAUAACCACCAACUAAAAAUAUAAUAAAUUUCUCAAA